AUGAACAAUUUGGGUACUUUAGCACAACUUUCUCAUUUCGCGUCUAAUUUGACUGUUGACAAUAUCAAAGCUCAAGCUCAGUCUUUACAGAGCAGAUUGUCUUCCUUGCGUCCUCCUCAGGAGUUCUUCAACGUCAAAAACAUCUCGAAACCUCCAAAUUUCAGUGAAUUACAAGCAAGGGUUUCCUACAACUUAAGAUACUACUCUUCCAACUAUGGUCUCAUCAUUGGUUGUCUCAGUAUCUACACAUUACUAACGAAUCUGCUACUCUUAUUCGUUAUGAUCUUCGUAUCUUUGGGUUACAUUGGGAUCUCCAAGCUACAAGGUCAAGACCUCACUACUCCAUUUGGUGUCUUCAAGACUUCACAACUAUACACUGCUUUACUAUGUAUCGCAGUCCCAUUAGGCUUCUUAGCCUCGCCCAUCUCCACCCUCUUAUGGCUCAUUGGGGCCUCUGUGAUCACAGUCUUCUCCCAUGCCUCUUUCAUGGAGAAACCCAUCGAAACUGUAUUCGAAGAAGAAACCGUAUAA